AUGAGUGGUGAUACUGAAGUUGGGGAAGUAAAAAUUUUAUCAAAUUUAAAAUCUACUUCAGAUCAAAUAAAAAAAUGUAUAUCAAUUAAUUUGUUACAAGCAUGCCAAAGAGAAGUUAAUUUUUUAAGAAUGAUUGAUAGAAAAGCUCCAAUAUUGUAUGAUAAUAAUGUUAUUAAAAAUGCAAUAAGAAGAUAUGAAAUGUUUUGGCUUCCAAUGCAGGCAUCUUCUCCAGAUGUGGAGAGAAUUCCUCCUCUAGAUGUGCAUUGGGUAUGGCACGUUCAUAUGCUAAGCCCUUAUCAUUAUGAAAUGGAUUGUAAAAAGAUUUGUGGUAAGAUUAUUGAUCAUAAACUUCAAUCUGCUGAAGAAAUACAAAAACGUUAUGAACAAUCAGUUUGUGCAUGGAAUAAUUUUUGUCAUCCAGAACCAUACGAUUUUGUUAGUUCGACUUAUUAUAGUAAAAAUAAUACUACUACAUCUCCAACUCCCAAAAGAGAAAAUUACUCAAAUACAUCUUUUUCCUCAUUGACCUCUAUUUAUGAACGAAAAAGUAGUUAUGACAUUUUGGCAGCAGUCUCAAGGCAAAGAAAUUUUAAUUAUCAAAUUUCUCUUCCUCACUAUACAUCUCCUCUUUUUUUAAAAGAAGCAAUUGAUAGAUAUAUUAAUUUUUUGCUUCUUAAACAAACAUAUGAUGACCAAUUUCUUACACCAUGUUAUGAUUUUGAUCUUAUAUGGCAUACACAUCAAAUACAUUGCCUAGCAUAUCAAAGAGACUGUACAGCAAUCUUUGGUCAUUUAUUAAAACAUGACGAUUCUGUAAAUGAUAGAACACCAAAUUCUAAAUUACUUCAAGGUGAAGCUAUAACAAAAAAAUUAUGGGCAGCACAUUUUAAAGAUGGUUUUUGGAGAAGAGGAUGUAUGUAUAGAGGACAUGAAGCUCCUGUAUUUAUUGGAUUUGAACAUCAAGAUAUGACAAAUAUAACUUAUGGUCAUAUACAUAUUCCUUCAAUUUCAUUAAAAGAAAUUCCAAUACAUCGUUCACAGUUAAGACUUAAAUUAUAUUAUGGAACAAAAAAAAUUACUACUUUUAAUGCAGAUCUCUCAAAUAGACAUGUAACUAAAGAUAGUUUUUCAUUACUAUGGCAACCAAGUGACGUUAAUGGAGAUACAAUUAGUGGAUAUUCUAACCAUUCAAUGACAUCUAUUGUUAAAUUUCCUUUUGAAACAGCAUCACCAAAAGAUCUUUUAAUAGAAUUAUCUUUAUUUGACAAGUUACUUCUUCAAAAGAAAGAUGUAAUAAAGUUAAGUGGUAAAGUUAAUUUAGAAAGUCUUUUACCAACACCAGGUUUUAAGGCAUGUCAAAAGAAUGUUCAAAUAACAUUAACUUCCUCUAAUAAUAAUAAUGUAAAUAAAGAAUAUGUUGCAAAGAUAACUGCUUCAUGUACAGUUUCAUUAAAUAGAGAACUUGAAUUAGAGGCUGGUGAGUAUAUUGAUACAAAGAUUAAAAAAGAUACCAGAUUAUGGUCUUUCAUCCAUGCAGCAUCAUUAAAUAAAAGUGCCUUAGAGGAUGAAGUACAAGUUAGUAUGGCUACACAUCAAUUAAUUGAUCAUCGAGAUGGAGCUACAUAUAUUGUACAAAUAGUACAUUCAGCAUCUCUUUUAUUAUCAAUGAUUAUUGUUUAUGAUGCUGAACAAAGAUUAUUAUCAAUGGCUCAUUUGAUAGGUUCUGAUAGUUUACCAUGUAAAGGACAAUUAGAUAUAAAUCUUCAAUUUUUACCACAUCUUUCUGCUUCAGAAGAAAGAAUUUUUCUUGUUAGUAAUAGAGAUGGUGACUUUUCUAUUGUUAAAGGAUCAUGGACUGGUUAUAUGAAAAAACCUCAUUCUGAUAAACAUAAAAAUUGUAAACAAUCACAUGAUGGUUAUUUAAAAGUUGAAUUAUUUAAUUUACUUAGAAAUACUGUUCAAAAACUUCAAUUACCUGCUCCAGAUGGUUCUACACUUUUUAUUAUUGGUGAUGCACAGGCAAGAUUAUCUGGUAAACGUUUUCAUUGUCGUAGUCCAAUGGUUGCUGAACAUAUUGCUUCAAUUUUUGCUGUUUCAACACUUUUUGUUUUAUGUAAUCCUGAUAGAGUUUCUGAUAAAUCAGAAUUUUUACAUAAUUCAAGUUAUAGCUCACAUAAAUGGCCAAUGACAGUAGCUUCUGGAUAUGGUAAACAUGUAGUAUAUACUGAUCAUCAAUCUUCAAAUAAUGAUUGGAAUAAUUUUGUGGAUAUAACACCAGCUUUCCUUGUGUCAUGUACUGACAUGUGUGAUGGUUUCAAUAGUUUUGAUGGUGUUGCUGCUUGUGGUAAUUGUGGUGGUUGUGGAGGUGGAGGAUGCGGAGGAUGUGCAUAA